AUGAAAUAUUCCAUCGCUACUCUUGUGUCAGUGCUCGCCGCGGGCGCAGCAGCCCUCCCCUUCCCCUCCGCGUAUACUCUUGUCGCUGAUGGGGGCUGGACCGUGGUAACCAAUGGGACCCACGCCUUUAUCGGAACCGGCGACAUCAAUAACUACCCGAUCCUCAUCCGUAAGCCCCAACUCACUCCCUACAAGCCCCAUCAUCCCCCGCAGCAUCCAUUAACCACACCCGCGGACACAGUGAAAGGAGGCAACAACAACGGCAAAAUCACAGGCACAGCGCAGCACAGAGCAUCAGGCGGUGUGCAACAUCUCUACGUCAUGCAGAGUACAGACGCUCCAGUGACGCUGACGAGCCCCGACUCCGACGCGCCCACUGGUGCGGUCGUGUCUGGGUUCGGCAUCGACGACCAGAACUAUCUGACGGUCAACGGGAAGAGCUCCUUCGGGGUGGAUCCCAACUCCGGGCAGAUCAAGGAGAUCUAUCAUCUGGCUGGCUCGGGGUCGCAGUACCAGCCCAUCUCGUUGUGGGUGAAGGAAUGCAAGGGGUGUUGA